GCUGUAGGUGCGCGUCCAGUAUUCAUCGCUUCGAAGAGUAGAACCCCUGUCACUGCGGCAGAUUUUCACCUGCCGCCCGCAAUCGGUGCUCCGCAAUACUUCAAGGACAUCUUCGAGGGCCUCGGCGCGUGAAAUAAAACAGUAGUUGUCCACUUCCUGAUUGGUGGGAAUUGUUUGUGAGAUCGGUAAACGAUAUUCGCAGAUUUCUUCAAAAGGGACGGUUUCCAACGAGAAGUCGGAGUUCGUAUUCCACCAGAGACUAGCCGCUCUUGUUACCGGUGCACUCGAACCGAUUGUGUGUCAAAGUUCGGUACAGUUAAUGAUAAACAAGUGCAAUCGGCGCUGCAAAUUAAAAAACUAUCCUGUCGCCCGGAGAAUAGCUGAUACACGGAUAAAGUCGCAGUGUGUGAAACUGAUCAACGGAAGAAAACGCUUCCAUAGAUGGCUGUCAGCACUCUGAACAUGGCACCUUAUUUCACUGGAUACCCAUUCCAAGGACAGGGUCGAGUCAAUCAGCUCGGUGGAGUCUUCAUCAACGGUCGGCCACUGCCCAAUCACAUCCGUCUCAAGAUCGUCGAAUUGGCUGCCGCAGGCGUAAGGCCCUGCGUUAUAUCGAGACAGCUCCGCGUCUCUCACGGAUGCGUUUCGAAAAUUCUCAACCGGUACCAGGAGACGGGGUCCAUAAGGCCCGGCGUAAUCGGGGGCAGUAAACCGCGCGUUGCCACCCCGGAGGUCGAGGCAAGGAUCGAGGACCUCAAACGUCAGAACCCCGGGAUCUUCAGCUGGGAAAUUCGGGACAAACUGAUCAAGGACAAGGUAUUAACUUGUCCAACGUGGUUCUGCCAGCAGGACGGAGUUUGCGACAAGGCUUCAGCGCCUUCCGUAUCCAGCAUAUCCCGGCUACUUCGAGGACCCACGAAUCAGACCCGACCAGGCGAUGAUCCUCGGCGAAAUCACUCGAUAGAUGGAAUCCUCGGUGGCAGCAGUGGCGACGAUUCGGACACCGAAAGCGAGCCGGGAAUCGCGCUGAAGCGGAAACAGCGACGGAGUCGAACCACCUUCACGGGGGAGCAGCUCGAGCAAUUGGAAGCCGCCUUUCACCGGACUCAGUAUCCCGAUGUCUAUACGAGGGAAGAACUGGCUCAAAAAACCAAGCUGACCGAAGCGCGCGUUCAGGUCUGGUUCAGCAACCGAAGGGCCCGUCUGCGAAAGCAGCUCAACAGCCAGCAGCUGAACGCGUUCAACAGCAUGGGCCUGCAGUCCUUCCAAACCCAGCACUACGCUACCGGCGCAGAAGGCUACCAGAGUUAUGGACAAGCCUCGGCCGCAGCCGCGGCCGCGAGUACCGGAGGCUACACGCAGCAUUACAACUACGGCGAAAACUAUUACGCCGCAGCGCAACAACAGUGGCCUCGAACCAGCGCCGAGAACUACGGGCUAUUCAACACCUCGCACUACGGCGGGGGGAACCUGAACCUCGGCACCCUCAGCGGUGGCGUAAGUCCCACCGCCUCCAACAUGAGCGCAUGCAUGGUCCAGGGUGCCGCCGCUGGCGUUCCGCCCUCCGGAAUGGCCCAUCACGUCACUCCUCACAGCCCGAGCGAGGCAAAAAGCGGAUAUCCUUAUCUCGGAGGCAUCGAGUCACAAGUUUGUGGCAGAGUUCAUUAAACCGAUUUAGUUAACGAUUUUCGAAUCCGGUUCUCCGGUGCUUGUACAGCAACUGCGUUGUCAGCGAUGUUUGUGCGUGCUAAUGUACAUACACAGAUAUAAUAUUAUAUUUUAUAUCCAUCAGACAACAGCGAUUUAUCGUUGUAAGUAGUGCUUUCUCAAUUUUUUUUUUUUUUAUCCUUCAUUCUCUUAGAUAUAUUUAGAUCGGGUUGCAUUCUUUGCGAUUCGUUAAUUUCCCAGUGACGUUAGAUUUUACUGAUUAAUAAAUUAUUUAUAAUAUGUACACAAUCUUAUUAUAGAUAUAUGAAAGUAUAGUAUUUAUAUAUGAUAUUCGAUCACCCGUAUAAUAAGAGCCGCCUAAGGCGUUCAUCUUGCCUUCAAAUUGGGUAACACUGCGUUCGUCCUGAGCACUGUCUAAGCUCGUGCUGUAAUUGUAAAUAUAUAUGAUAUAAAACUUGGAAUUAAAUUGGAUAUAAGAAUUGUAUUUAUAAGCUGUAGAAGGUAUCAUUGUUCAAAUGUGAUAUAUUAAAGAAAGUAAAAACAAGUUGUUCUCUAUUUAAUUGGCCAGUUGUAAAUAGAUUAUAAAUAAUUACACCUAUUAUAUGUUCACUUAUAUGUAAUAUUAUCUUCUCUGACACUAUAUAAUGUACUACAUCUUAUACGUGUAUAUAUAUAUAUAUAGAGCAUUACAUCCGAUAAUCUAGAUCGUUCAAUGUUAUUAUG